AUGACAGCGCCCAAGUCAGUUGCCAUUAUCGGAGGCAAGACCGGUAUUUUCGGACUUUCUCUUGCCAUUGCGCUGCGAGACAAGAACUAUGAAGUGACCGUCUUCGACCGAAGCCAGUAUGAUGCGAAUGGAUAUGACCCCGCAUCGGAUGAUGUUCAGGCUGCCUCCGCUGAUCACAACAAGAUUUUCCGCGCAUCAUACGGGAAAGAGAUUCACUAUCAGCGUCUCGCUUUUGAGAGCCGCAAGGCAUGGGUUGCCGAAGACGAGAAGCGAGGUUUCUCGGAGCACGGCAAUGGAAGCGAUGAUAGGAUUUUCAUUGAUAGUGGGAUGCUUCGUAUCCAGCCAUCGGACCAUUUGGCUACCCUAGAGAAGGAAACUCUCGCGAACAUGGAGCGUGAUGGUCUUCGAAACACCCAGUUUGUCAAGAGUGACCCGGCGGAUUCUCAGCGCGCCGAAAAAUUGGGUUGGAAAGAGAAGAUACUUGACUUCCAGAUUCCAGGUUCCCCUGGAAGGUCUUACGAAACAGUUCUGGAUUCAACUGCUGGAUUUAUCCGAUGUAGUCAUGCCUGUGCCCAUUAUCAAAAGGUCGCUGCCGACAAAGGUGUCAAGUUCUACCUUGGCCCUGAGGGGGCGAUUGACUCGUUAGUCAAGUUGAAAAGCAGCCUCAGCCCAGGCCAAGAAAAAGUGACAGGGCUCAAGACUAAGAGCGGCAUUAUACAUGAUGCUGAUGUCGUUGUUGUGGCUGCUGGCUCAUUCUCGACACAAAUUCUACCCGAGUUGAGCUACCAUCUCGAGUCUUCUGCAGGAAGCCUUGCUACUUUCAAGAUUGAUAGGAGUAACACCGCGCUAUGGGAGAAAUAUUCGCCAGAGCGAUUCCCCGUCAUGACUUGGAAGAGCGUACCUCGCGAUAAUUCUGGCAAGGAUACAGGUAGUAUUUAUGUUCUACCAAGAACUCCAGAAGGCUUGUGGACUAAUUUCCAGCCAGCACCGGAAAACACCCCAUUCACCCAGAACGGGAAAUGGUCGGUUCCACUCCCAGUGGAAGAGUGCUCGGUAAUACCAGAGGCGGCCAUCUACUCAAUAAAACAAUUUGUGUCUAUAUUUCUGCCGGAAUUUGAUGGUACUCCAUUUUUCUCUACAAAGCUCUGCUGGUACACCGAUUCACUAGAUAAUUCCUUUGUGAUUGACAACGUACCGACGUUUUCAGAAAAUUCUGUAUUUGUUUGCACAGGAGGUAGUGGACAUGGUGCCAAAUUCUUACCGGUUCUGGGACAACAUGCCGCGGAUAUAUUGGAGAAAGGAGACCAAAGCUCAUCUUUCAUGCGAGAGUUCUGGCGCUGGCGCCCCGAUGCUCCACGAAGGAAUGGACUCGAAGAGGGCCCCGACGGACCGAGAAACAUCUCGCACAUCUAG